AUGGGUUGCAAGAAGAACAACAGCUCCCAGCGAAAGUCAUCGAUGUCACACUCUCAACGGACGUUUACACGGACUCAAAGUUGCGGAUCUUGGCUACGCAGGUUAAUUGUCGACGCUAUGCUCUCAACUAGACAACAUCAGAAAUCUCGCGAAUACGAUCGUCCAAACUUCGUUUGGUGGAGUAUCAGAAGGCUGGCAUCUCUCUCUGCCUUACCAACCAACAGUGGCUCCGAAUCCUCGCCGAUAGCAGGAAAUAGGAGGGCGGACUGUACAGCGUCUUGGGACUUGGCGAGAAAGUAUUAUACCUGGCUGAAAGAAGGCCUCUCAAAAUCAAACGGCAAAACACCGAUGCCGGUGCAGGAUUCCAUAGUUAUGUCGAGCCUUCAGAAAGAAGAAGAGGUGCUUGAGAAGACGAUUCUUCAUUCAAUUGGCCUCAUGACAGAGCGUGCGUAUUCACUCUCUAAUCUUGGCGUUUUUGAUGAAAAAAUGGAAAUAGGUCAGGAGGGAGGGGAAGGGGCUCAGAGGAUUGGGAAUUAA